UGACAUUUUUUUUCUUUUGUUAUUCUCUUUGAUUUGUGUUAAAUUUUGUUUUUGAUUCAAUCUCUCGCCAAAAAUCUGUCAGAGCAAAAAACAUCAUUUGAUUUGUGUCGACGAUGACAAAGACGAAGGCGACGAAAAGUGCUUUAAUGUUUAAAAAUAGAAAGAAUUUUUAUUGAAAUCAAAUCAAAUUGAACAAGUGACAUAAUUGUCAAUCAGAAACGAAACAAGAACAGAAAACAGAAAAGAGAAAGAAAACACACAAAAUCGAAUCGUGAAAAAUUUCCAUCGACGACGACAUCCAGCGAUAUAUUGAACUGUAAAGAAGAAGAAGAAAGCAAAAGCAGAGAAAAAAAAGAGUAUAUAAACGAAACAGAUUACAUUAAUGAAAACGCGCGACAGCGACGACUUAAAAGAGGUACUGCGAUAAUAGACACACAGAGAGGAAAAAAAAAAUUAUUAAAAAAUAAGAUUUUUUUUCUCGUUUGCUUCCUACCAGCAAAAUGAGAUAGAGUGUGUGUAUUUUUGUGUGGCAGCUAGUUUGACCAAGACAAAAAAAAAAUCCAGCUAAAGAAAUAUAAUAUAAAUAAUAACAAUAAUAAUAACAACAGCAGCUGAAUUACAGCUCGAUCCAACGAAAUAUCUUCGCGUGUGUUGUGAAUUUUUAUUAAAACGACGUAGCAGAAAAAUAUAUACGGUUCGCAAGCAACGACACCGGAGAGAGAAAGAGAGAGAAAAAAGAGAGGCUAGUCGUGAGCACACACAACACGUUAAGCAAUGCGAUUGUGAACGAGAACGAACACGUAAAAAAAAAGAGAGUUGCGACAAAAGAACACACGAACAGAAAAUAUAAGUGCGCACGAAUGUGACAAGCGAAUUACAAAAUAAAUAUACCUCAGUGGAAGUAAAAACCGAUGCCUUAUAAUAAUUUUAUGAAUAAACAGAAGAAUUUAAACCUUAAUUCAACACGUUGGAACCAAGUUAAAAGACUAUAUUUUUAUAGAAAAUAAGACACAAGUGCAACAAGUUGUAGAUUUUUUAAAUAAAGAAAAAGUGUGCAAAAAAUACUUGAAAUAGUACGAGAGAUACAAUCGAAUUUAUAAAUUGCGUUUCGAGCAGAUAGUGGAAUGGAUUCGUUUAAUGCGACAUGGCCGUCACCCGAUGGCAUUGAAUCGAUUUCAAAUGACGGAAUCCAAAUGGAUCUAGUGACGGAUCUGCAAGAAUCAUUUGAACCGUUACAAAGAGCACGUUCAAAUACAUGGCCUUUACCUCGACCAGAAAACUUUGUCGAUCCCGAUGAGUCUGAGAGCAAUAAAUGUAGUAAUCAGCAGCUAUCAACAAAUGACUCACAUCAAGUGACAUUACCCAAUUUGACGGCGCAAAAGAAGAAUUCAUCACGUCGAAAUGCGUGGGGAAAUUUAUCUUAUGCCGAUUUGAUAACGCAAGCCAUCACAUCAGCCGUCGAUAAUAGGUUAACGUUAAGUCAAAUUUAUGAGUGGAUGGUACAAAAUGUUCCUUAUUUUAAAGAUAAAGGUGACUCAAACAGCAGCGCUGGCUGGAAGAAUUCGAUUCGUCAUAAUUUAUCGUUACAUAAUCGUUUUAUGCGCGUACAAAAUGAAGGCACCGGUAAAUCAAGUUGGUGGAUGCUUAAUCCAGAUGCAAAACCAGGAAAAUCGGUGCGAAGACGUGCAGCAUCGAUGGAAACAUCGAAAUACGAAAAACGGCGAGGUCGUGUGAAAAAGCAAGUGGAAAAUUUAAAGAACGGCGGCCUAGCGAGUAUGUCUGGAAUGAACGAAGCAUCUUCACCAAGCAGCAGUAUCAGUGAAGGUCUAGAUUUAUUCCCAGACAACAGUCCACUCCUUAAUACUGGUUUUCAACUGUCGCCAGAUUUUCGACAGAGAGCUUCUUCAAAUGCCAGUUCUGUUGGUCGGCUCAGUCCAAUACCAUCCGUAGUAGUCGAUUUGGAUCCAAGCUGGAAUCAGUACACUUCACUAUCUCAGGAUUUUGACUCCAAUACUAUUGGAUGCAAUAAUCUGCAGGGAACUACAGAUGGUGCCAUCCAAAUAAAUCAAUGUGCCACAUUGGAUCAAUUGGCUGGCUCAUUGGCCGACGAAUUGAAUAUUCAGAAUGAUUUCAUGCAAGGAUUCAAUCCAGUUGUCACUGUGCAAAAUCAACCACCACCACCUCCGUAUCAACAGCCAUCUCAAACGUUUUCUAUGAAUACGACAAAUGCAUUGCCAGCGUAUGCAGUGCAACAACAGCCAAAUCAAUGUCCCAUCCAUCAACGCCAACCAUGUUCUUGCUCACAAAAUUCCACGGAGCAACACGUAACACCCCCAUCAUGUAUAUCGCCGGCUUAUCCAAACAACGAUAUCCAACAAAACUUUAAAGCAGCUAUCAAUUCGAUUAAGGUGUCACCUGUCAAUACAACGCCAAAUCUCGUGAAAUCGAACACCAAUAAAGAUCCUACCGAUAUGCCAUCAACAUUAAUGGGCCAGUUCAUGGAAGCCUUGAAUAGUCAAACUAAUUUGGAUGAUUUGAAUUUGAAUAUCGAUAGUUUUCAAGGUGGUUUGGAAUGUAAUGUUGAUGAGUUGAUUCAACAAGAGUUGAACAUUGAUGGAUUAUUGGAUAUAAACAUACCAACACAUUACACCGGAUCUCAUUUAAACCAAGCACAGAAUACAUCGAUCGGUCUACCAUUGCCUCAACAAAAUGACGCAACUAAAUUGCACAGCGUUCAAUCAACAACACAGUCAGCUGGCGUUACGUCACCAUCUUGGGUACAUUAGAAAUGUUCGAUUUUUUACUUGCCCAUGAUUGUCUUUUUCAUUCUUCUAAUACGUGCGCGCUCGUAUAGUAGUUAGACGAAAAAUACAACAAAAUAAAUGAAAAAAAGAAAACAAUGGAUGAAAUAAUUUAGUCAAAAACGCUUAUGUUAAGUAGUAAUUGUCGUUAUAUCGAUGUCAUUCACUACCAUCCACCACCGUUUUUUUAGCAUCAAGUAGUGUGUAAUAUAGAGUUACGCCAAAUUUGCUGUUUGUGCGUAAAUCCGUUACUAAAGUAACAAGUCUGUUAUACGCAAGCAGUUUGACUCGUGUAGAUAUUCAAAUUGCGACACCCCAAUCGUCGAAUAUUACCAAUUACUUUUAACACGAGUCAUGACCCAUCCCCUUUGUACCUAUGUUUGGUUCUGAACGACAAACAAAAAACAAAAAUACCAACAUUUGAAAGAGCAACAUUUUGAUGAAUACACAAAGACUCGUUUCGAUCGAUUAGUGAAAGAGUGAGUGGAAGUUUCGCCGCGGUAUUCGAAUUGUAUGCCAGACCAAAUAAUAUUAUAGUCGGUCUCUCACUGUCUCUUUCUUCGGGUAUGCUACAGUGCCGAUUUAAGGACAUCAACAGCAUUGAAUAUCUACACAAGAUAAAAUGGUUUAUCGAUAGGCAGAAUAUAAUAAGAAUAUUUUUAUAAAGACAAUUUUCCUUUUGCUACAUUUUUCAUGUUUCAUUGACUGGUUAUCUGUGUUCAGAUUUUCAAACCACAUGAUUAUUCGAUUUGAUUUUCAUCGAUAUACUGAAUUUUCCAGCAUAAUUCAAAUUCAAGUGUUCUAACUUGUGAGUUAUACAAUUCUGUCCAUGGCAAUUACUAAUUAUAAUGGACGUUACAAUUGGAUUUUAUUGUUUCCAGUUCGAAAUUUAUAGCCAGAAUGUUGCCAAUCAACGGAAUGACAGUAAAUUUGGCAAAGUCGUGGAUCGAAAUCGUUCAGUAAAUUUAUUAUGUGCUUUCUUGGUCAAAAUCUUCUGUUUGCUUGCUGUUUUCACCAACGUUAUACACGCUAUUCAGUUCAGUUUGGAAACCAAAUCCAUUCCAAUCUUAAAAUUGAAGCCAGAACAUUUUGGCCACACCAAGUCCGAUGAUCGUUUGAUAUGUCUGUUUUGAAUUGGUGACAUUUUGGUGAUUUGAUCCGAGUCAUGUUGAUGUCCAUCUCCAUAUGUACGAAAAUCAAAAAAAAAGUUUAUGCAAAUUUGUGAAAUCAGUGAAACCACGAAGCCUUUGGCCACCAAUUUUAAUCCCAUCGAUACCAAAUCCUGCUGUAUUUUCUAGAUGAUGAUGUCAGCAGUCCAUUGAACUAGGUGUAUAAGAAAAUGGGUCAAAAUGACGUUCUCAAUAUGGGUCAAAACAAUAUUACGCGUUUCUUCGAGAAAUGAUGAACGUUUUAAAUAUUCGCCGAAGAAUUCAAGCAAUAUACAAUCUUUAUUUUCGCUGUACAAAGCUUUUCAAUUUAUUUUUUAUUUUUCUUCGAAACUAAAGUAAUUUAAUGGGAAAAUGAUUACUAUCGCUUCAUUUGAAGAUGUGCUAUAGUUGUUGAUUUUUCGCAGAACAUCGAAUUUUCAUCCAAUCAGACAAUGGAAUCUACAGCAAUUGAUUUUGCAACGACAUUUUGUCAUUUCAAAGUCAAUUAUUUGUGGAUUCACAUUUAGAUUUUACUUAGAUUUCAUGAUGUAUAGUUGUUUGAAUUCUUUGUGAUCAAGAUGGAUUUUUUGUGAAAUUUCGUUCCAAUGUUUUCUCUGUUGACGUUAAUUUAAACAUGUGGUAAUUCAAUGAAUUUCUGAACAACGUAAAGCGUAUACAAAAUACACACACUUAAAUGUUAAAUGUGCCAAUAAUUAUACAUAUUUAGAAUUAUGUAUAACGUGCUAGAGUAGAGACAGUUGAACGCACAGGUGCAAGGAUUCAAAAAAAUGUUUACAAAAUUCGAUGAGAAAAAGAUUUUUGGAGAAAAAAAUGUCAUCAUUUUAAAUGAUAUUUCGAUUUGGUGUUCGUUACAUGAAAAUAUGCUGAAAUUCAAAACGCUUAUAAAAGGAAACGCAUUUAUUCAAUUAAUUUAUUCAGCUAAAAUGAAAAUCAUGUGUUGAAUGCCACGCACAUUGUUGAACUGAGACAUCGACAAACGUUGCAUUAGAAUGUAACGAAAUCGUUUGAUUCGUGGAUCGAGCGAUAUUUUGCUAAUUAUAUUCGGAAAAUCAGAACUCAAAAUCGCAUUCAAUAUUCUAUGAAUGAUAUAUCUGAUGCGAUGAUUUAUGUAUUAAGCAAAAUUCAUAUUUUUGUAAUGAAAUUAGAAAUGGGAAUUUUAUUUUCCAAUUGCGUACAUUGUUCAAUGAUAGCGAUAUAAAACAUUGUUAUGAGUGUGACUCAAUUUGUAAAUAUUUUAACAAAAAGUCUAUUGACUUCGCUUGGUGACGAAUCGGUUGAAAACAACCAAAACUCAAUUGAUUUGCAUAAUGUGUUUGAUUUGCUAUAUACAUUGCUUUUGUCGGCACAUACACACACACAUUCUCUCAAUCGAUUUUGAGAAAAUAUUUUGAAAAUAAUUUGCAAAAAGUGUCUUUUGGAUCGAAUGACAAACGAUGGCAAAGUGAGUACGACUUUUUUUUCCAAAAUUUAUUGUUUUGUGAAUGCCCAAAAUUUCAUCAAAUGAAAUUCAAAAUGAAUAUAAAUAAUAAUUUAUUGACACGUUGACAAAUGUUUAGCAAAAUUUACUAUCCGUAUAUAGAGGAAUUAUAUUGAUAUUUUACAAUAAUUAUUAUGUGCAUCUAGCCGAUAAGUGACAAAUGAAUGUUAUUAAAAAAAUAUGUUGAAAUAUAAUGCAGAGAAAUAAAAAUGGUUAUCGUAAGUUUGUUGUUUAAGUGUUUUAACACAUAACCAAUGUAAUGAGUUAGAGUCCAGUUGAAAUUGAAUUGUCAGAAAUAAUAUAAACACACAUUGUCGUGCUAAACAUAUUCAGAGAAAUAUCGAUAUAGGAUAAACAACCUUUCAAUAUGCUGAUCAUGUCUUCUAUUUUUUUUUGUUAAUUUAUGCUCUUGUUCAAUGUUACGUAAUUCAUUUUCUUGCAAAGACAAUAAGUACCACCAAAAAUCUCUGAUACAAUUCAUAUAAACUGCGAAACUGAAAAUUGAAAUAAUAAAACGAAAAAAAAAAA